AUGCAACCUUUCAAUAAGUACUACCCACCCGAUUGGACCCCGGACAAGGGCACAGUCAAUCAGUUUGUGGGAAAGCAUCCGUUAGGCGAUCGAGCACGAAAAAUCGAUCAAGGCAUUCUCGUCGUUCGAUUCGAACUGCCUUUCAAUAUAUGGUGCACAGGCUGUGAUAAUCAUAUUGGCAAAGGUGUUCGAUAUAAUGCCGAGAAAAAGAAAAUUGGCAAUUAUUACAGCACGCCUAUACUGCAGUUUCGGAUGCGAUGUCAUUUAUGUAGCAACUGGAUUGAGAUACAAACGGACCCAAAGAAUACCGCUUAUGUCGUAGUGAGUGGGGCCAAAAAAAAAGUCGAAGAAUGGGAGCCCGAGGAUACCGAAGUGAUACGCCUCCAAGGUAAUCUGGGAUAUAUGAUAGAUGAAGACACCAAAGAAAAGCUAGAAAGUGAUCCGAUCUAUCGAUUAGAGCACGGCAUCAAAGAUGAAAAAAUACUUGACCAGAGUAAACCCCAUCUGACGCAAUUGCAAGACUUGAAUGAUGCCCUAUGGAAAGAUCCAUAUGCUCGCUCUCAAGCACUACGACGGAAAUUUCGUGAAGAGAAGAAAAAAGACAAAGCCAUUCAGGAGAAGACCGAACGUUUACGGGAUAAACAUUCGCUACAGAUCGAGCUUUUACCCGAAGAUCCUGCGGAUCAAAUCCAAGCUAAAUUAAUGACCUAUGCAGGCAAGUUUUUGUCAGAGGACAUCACAGUGGUUCAGGAUAGACUGAUGCUUAUUGGUCUGUGGUUCUACCUUUUUUUUUUCGCCCCUGGUGCUUAG